ACAUCCCAGUGGCUAGUACCGGAAGAAAACUGGCCAGUCCGGUUCUGAUAUCAGAACAUUAAAAGAAAAUCCGGUUCUUUUUUUGGUCUUUCCUCUCCUUCUGAACUUAACUCUCAGAGAGAGAGAGAGAGAGAUUUGAUUGGGCAUAAAAGAAACGAUGAUCGGAGUGGGGAAAAUCAAGCAGUACAGCAACGUCCUUGAUAAACCCCUCAGCAGAGGCAAACAAGAGGUCAGUCUGAGUGCAUUCGCCUUCUUGUUUUCGGAGCUUGUUCAGUACAAUCAGACUCAGGUUGACAACAUUGCCGAAUUAGAGCGAAGGUUAGAGGAUGCAGGCUAUGCUGUUGGAGCAAGAGUUUUAGAACUUCUGUGCCACAGGGAUAAGGGAAACAGGAGGGAAACACGACUACUGGGAAUUUUGUCAUUUGUGCACAGUACAGUAUGGAAGGUGUUGUUUGGAAAGGUUGCUGACUCACUUGAAAAGGGUACUGAACAUGAAGAUGAAUACAUGAUCAGUGAGAAAGAGCUUCUUGUGAAUCGGUUUAUUUCAAUACCCAAAGACAUGGGGACAUUUAAUUGUGGGGCAUUUGUUGCUGGAAUUGUGAGGGGUGUCUUGGAUGGUGCAGGUUUUCCAGCUGUAGUCACAGCUCAUUUUGUACCUAUGGAGGGCCAACAACGACCUAGAACCACCAUUUUGAUCAAAUUUGCUGAAGAGGUACUUAGAAGGGAGGCAAGGUUUAGUUGAUAUUUGAAUCAGAAUGAAACAAGAUGGUUAACUUCAUAGCUGGUUAGUUGGAUAUGAAGUAGGGCUUUCCCUGUCAACUCCUGCAGGCAUUUUAUUUUUAGGGGUUAGCUUCUCACCUCCGUGGUGCAACCUCAAUGCAAUCGAGCGCUAUCUUGAGGAUUUAGUGUAGAAGCUAUUUCAGUUAUGCUAGGAGGGUGUUUGCCUGUACUUUCCUCUCGGUGUUUGUAUUAAUUCCGGUUCUGUUUUGUAAGAUGCACCAAUUGCAUUACUAUUUUUCUAGAUUUUAUUUUAGCGUUUCUGAUUGUACCCCUUAGUGUUCAUCUUGUUCUAAAUGAAUUAAGAAUAUAUGAAAAAAGGAGUUAAUAGAACUAUAGGUCUGAUGAUUACAUUUGAUUCAUUGAAGCUAUGAUAGUCAUUUCGGGUGUCAAGAGUGGAACAACUGGCUUUAAA